CAAACAAAGACAGUGGGAAAUGGCGGUGCAAGCACACAGAGUCAAGGCUGUGGGAGAAUGGGAGGAUCUGUGGAGAGAGGGAAAGACCAGCUUCCACCAGCCUGAUGUCCACAAGAUGCUGGAGAGUCAUAUUGACAAGGUUGUCAACGGACGAAAGAGAGUGCGAUUCUUCUUCCCUCUGUGCGGAAAAGCAGUAGAUAUGAAGUGGUUGGCCGAUAUGGGUCAUUCAGUGGUUGGAGUGGACGUGGUUGAGACGGCUAUUAAGCAGUUCUUUGAAGAGCAGAGUAUGAGCUUCAGUGAAGAAGCGGUCCCAGCUGUCCCUGGUGCAAAGGUUUACAAGAGUAUAGAUGGAGGGAUAUCACUGUACCACUGUGACAUAUAUAAACUCUCCAGUUCCAUAUUGGGCCAGUUCGGAGGAAUCUGGGACAGAGGUUCCUUGGUGGCCAUCAACCCGGGAGACAGAAAAAAGUAUGCUUCCCUGAUGACGUCACUAAUGGACACAGGCUGCCGUUACCUCCUGGACACCUUUUUUUACAACCCAGAUUUAUUCAAGGGCCCACCUUUCUUUGUCUCGGAUGAGGAGUUAGAGACACUAUUUGCAGAGAAAUGUGAUGUGGAGUUGCUGCAGUCUUGCGAUGAACUCCCUCGCCUCGACUGGAGCACGGGUGUAUUCAUAGAGAGAGUUCAUUUACUAACUCCAAAAGCCUAAUUAUUUACUUGUUGGUCCAAUUGUAUAUUCUUUUUCCAAAAUGGCAAUGACAACAUUGUGUUAUGUUGGUUACCCAUAUGAAUAUGCGAAUUGGUUUUGAUCGAUGUCUAAAUAAACAAUUGUUUGAACAGCU